AUGGUUACAAAAGAGCACAACAAGGAGAGCUAUAACUCUGCUGAAACAGAAUUUUCAAAUCCUUCCUCAUCCAUACUCUUUGAGAAGAGCGAGUGGCUUAAGCGCAAGAACAGGGCAAGUCGUAAAUGGCGCGGCAUCUGCUGUGUGGUUGGACUCCUAGCCUUCAUCGCUGUCAUUGCAGGUAUUGUUCUUGGAUUUAUCACACGAAAGGGCAAAGUCGAUGGUCUAGCUCCCCCAUUGGAUCCGGACAGGCCCACGAAUACAAUGCCUCCUAUUACACAGUUUACACCCAAUCCGAACUUGCGCAAGUCGUUCUAUGGCCUUGAUUACAAUCCCGCAAAAUCACUCAUGCCCUGGUGCGGUGUCACGCUCCAGAAUGUAGUUGAUGACAUAAUCAUCAUGUCGCAGUUGACAAACCGCAUUCGCCUAUAUGGUAUGGACUGUCAGCAAGCUGAUUUGACCUUCCAGGCCAUCAACGCAUUAAACCUCAAUAAGACCAUGAAAGUAGUUUUGACACUCUGGGUUGACAACAAUACUGGAACGGUGGAACGUCAAUACAAUACCCUUUUCAAGGUUCUGGAUACUUAUGGUACUGACAUGGUCCAGGGUAUCAGUGUGGGGAAUGAGGUAUUGUUCCGAAAGGAUAUGGAUCUGACCGCACUAUCAAAUCUGAUGACUGAUGUUCGCAACACUGUCAAGAGCCGCUAUGGCAAGUCCAUCCCAAUCUUUACAUCUGAGAUUGGAAACAAUUUGAACUCGGAGUUGGCAGCAGUCUCCGACGAGCUUUCUGGUAACUUGCAUCCUUACUUUGCAGGCACUGCUGUCUCGGAAGCUGCCAACUGGACCAUCCAGCAAUAUAACGAUGUUAUACUAGGGAACCCAACAAAGACUGGCCUCAAAGGUGCUAUCUCGGAGGUUGGUUGGCCUUCCGCACCUGCCAGCGCAAUAUACCAAACUUAUGCUGUCCCUGGCGUGGCCAAUCUGCAAACCAUGAUCGACACAUUUAUUUGUGAAGCCAACCAACAAGGCAUUCCAUAUUAUUGGUUCGAAUAUAAGGAUGAGCCAUGGAAGAACGAUCCCAAGGUUCCUGUCGAACCCUAUUGGGGUCUUUUUGACAAGGACGGGAACCUCAAGAUCAAGAUACCCGACUGUAUAGCUCCAUAA